AUGCGGAGAGCUCCAGUAGCAGCGCCCCUCGAACCUCCAGCGGAGAGAAUUGAAGACAGCACGCCCAUGUUGUCAGCAUUUACCGCGCGGCCGCUCGUCGAGCUCAAGCCGCGCGACAAGUCCCGCAUCGAAUCCGUCCUAGCCUACGGCGACCGCCUCCUCGCCGGCCUAAACAAUGGCAACCUCCGCGUUUACCGUGUUACCGACGAUGGCAAGACGGAGCUCCUGCGCGAAUUGGAGAAGUUCUCCCGAUACAAAGUCGAGCAGCUUGCCUUGAUUAAGGAGGCAAAUGUGCUGGUCUCUCUCGCUGGCGGAUAUGUCUCACUACACGAUGCCCAGUCCUACGAGCUGGUUGAGCAGCUCGCUCAAACAAAGGGUGCUUCCGCCUUCGCCAUCACGUCGAAUGUCGUCAAUGAUCCUGAUACAAAUGUGCCGGCAAUUGUGUCCCGUUUGGCUGUCGCUGUGAAGCGGAAGAUUCUCAUGUGGGCUUGGCGCGAUAUGGAGCUGGAACGGGAUACCGCUGAGUUGAGCUUGGUCAGUGGUGUCAAGACUCUGACUUGGGUUGCGGCCACUCGACUGGUUGUUGGGUUGAACUCGAGCUUUGUCAUGGUCAACAUUGAGAGCGGGCAGUUCACAGACCUCGCUGGACCGGGCAGCAUCGAGGAAGCGGGCCGGUUCACGGGCGUCGGCGCUGCAAGUAUGAGCUACAUUGGUAUGGGAGGUAUGGUGCCGCGGCCGCUUGCGACAAGAUUAAGUGAAGGCCAGAUUCUUCUGGCCAAGGAUAUCAACACUUCCUUCAUCGGCGUCGAUGGUCAACCUCUCACUCGCAAGCAGGUGCCUUGGAGUCAUGCGCCUGUGGAGCUUGGAUACUCGUACCCAUUUUUGUUGGCUUUGCACGACUCAUCCAAGGGUGUUUUGGAAGUACGGAAUCCGGAGACUUUGUCACUACUUCAGUCAGUCCCGCUACCCUCAGCUAGUAUCUUGCACAUUCCGCAGCCGAAUAUUAGCCUCGCCCAUGCCGGGAAAGGGUUCCUUGUGGCGAGCGAUCGCAUUAUCUGGCGCAUGGAAGCUUUGAGCUACGAUACCCAGAUUGAUGCUUUGGUUGAGGGAGGUUACCUUGAUGAGGCCAUUAGCUUACUUGGAAUGCUGGAGGAUGCUCUUCUACAUGAUAAACCGGGUCGACUACGCACGAUAAGACUGGAAAAAGCACAGAGCUUGUUUGCUCUGAACAAGUAUCGAGACUCCUUGGAUCUUUUCACUGAGGUGUCCGCACCCCCCGAGAGUGUGAUUCGCCUGUACCCUCGAUUGAUCGCAGGCGAUCUCUCCACAGUCCAGGAACCCGAGGUUCCGAACGGAAAGGCGAAUGGGUCCCAGAGUGAUGGGUCGUCUGAGGAUCUUGCUGCUGGGCAGGCCUCCAUACACGGAGGCUCUAUCAGGUCGUCUAUGCGGAAGCCCGACGAAGGAAGCGAGGCUAGCAGUAUCCGUGGAGAGGAGAAAGGCCUUCGAAUUGCUGUCCGCGAGCUACAGGGAUACCUGGCAGAUGUUCGCCGACGCUUCCAGCGCUUCCUCAACCCCGAUGGUUCUCUGAAAGCUUCUGCACCAAUUGGAGCUACAGAUGAAGCUAGUGACUCAGUUCUCAAGUUGCUCGAUUUCCCAUCUGCUGAGGAUUUCGCCACAGAAAUCCGAGCCAAGGCACGAUUGGUCGACACCACAUUGUUCCGUGCACACAUGUAUGCGACACCAUCACUAGCCGGGUCUCUCUUCCGCAUUGCCAACUUCUGUGAUCCAGAUGUGGUGAUGGAGAGACUUGAGGAAACCGGCAGAUAUAACGACCUGAUUGAUUUUCUUUACGGCAAGAAACUACAUCGCCAAGCACUUGAAUUGCUGCAGCGGUUUGGACAGACAGAGAGCGGUCCCCUGAGUGGCCCGACACGCACAGUCGCAUAUCUCCAAAACCUGCCGCCAGAUCAAAUUGAUCUGGUCAUUGAGUUUGGGGAGUGGCCACUUCGUGCUAAUCAUGAGUUGGGAAUGGAAAUAUUCGUGACCGACACCGAAAACGCGGAGACACUGCCCCGUUCGCGAGUGCUUGCUUUCCUUGAGAAAAUAGACAUCCUGCUUGCCAUUCAGUACCUCGAGCAUGUCAUCCAUGAAUGGAACGACCUGACUCCGGACAUACAUCAACGACUGCUCAUCUUAUACAUGGAUCAACUCACAUCCAACAGCGGCCAAGGGGAAUGGAAGGGUAAAUUCUUGACGAUGUUGAAAGAUAGUGAGCAAUACUCGCCAGCGAAGAUGUUAGAUCGGCUGAAUCGAGAGGAUCCCAACUUUCACGAAGCGCGAGCUAUUCUGUUUAGCAAAAUGGGCCAGCACAGACAGGCCCUCGAAAUUUACGUUUUCAAGCUUGAGAACCACGAGAAAGCAGAAGAAUACUGUAACCAUGUACACCUCGCCGAAAAGGGGGAAGAGGAGAACUCCAUCUAUCUGACCCUUCUUUCCCUCUAUCUCUCCCCGCCCCAUGGCUACGAGGCCCAAAACGACCCCGCGAUUGACCUGCUGGCUAAGCACGGCUCGCGUCUCCCAGCCGAUGCGGCAUUGAAACUCAUACCAGACAAACAGGCCGUGCAGCAACUGGAGUUCUAUUUCAAGGGCCGCAUGCGCGCUGCGAACUCGGUUUUCAAUGAAGCACGUAUAGUGGCAAACCUGCGCAAGGCACGAGAUAUGCAGAUCCAAGCCCAACUCGCGAUUGGCGAGGGCGUCCGAGGUGGAGGUACACGGGCUCGUCACGUCACUGUCACUGAGGAGCGGAUAUGUGGCGUCUGUCAUAAGCGCUUAGGCGGGAGUGUGAUCAACGUUUUCCCCGAGUAA